AUGCGUAUUUCUAAAGGAACUAAUAUUAAAUCUACAGGAGUUUCAAAUUGUAAAAAUUGCUCUAAAUAUUCUUUAAUGGAAGUACAAAAGGAAAAUGAAAAGAAACGUUCCUUAAGUGCCUUUAAUUGCAAAAAUUUCAUAUUAAUUUUUGGAAUAAUAUAUGUAGCAUUAUUG